CGUAACUCGUGGAUUUGUCGGUUGUCCUGUUUCACCUGUACUUGCAGUUCACGCUGGUUCACGCCCUUCUUCUUUUACAUCGCUCUCACUAACGGUUAAUCGACGUCGACCACUUCUUGCGUUCGAAAGAAAAUUGAACGUACAUGCAGCGCCAUCGAGUAGCGAAAUCGAGUAACGAAUUUUGCCGCUAUCUUCGCUUCUUCGUUUCGCAAAGUUCAGCUAAUUGUUGUGUUUGAAAAACGCAAAUGAGACAAAUUAUGAGAAUUCGAAUCAAUCAUUUGCAUGUUUGAAAAAAAUGGCAUUGUUGCUCGAUAAAUUAAGAUUAAAAAAGAUUGUAAAAUUAUCCGUUCGAUAUAUUGCUGGUAGUACACAUGGAAAAGAUCAUUGGUCUGUUGUAAAGAAAAAGAAAACGACAAAGGAUAAAGCGCUAGAAUACUUUGAUGAUUUUUAUGCAAAUAUUUAUAAAAACAGUUGGAAGAAUAUACGAACUGCGUUAUUAAAAAAAGAUUCCAAGUAUAUGGCUGUGGUUAAUAAUUUCAGUGAUACGGAAAAAAUUCGAUCUAAUUUAGAGCUACUUGGUGCGUUAAAUUUAAGGAAUCUAUAUAAUGUACAGAAAGAAAAUGUAGAUUUUUUUAAGAGUAAAAGAGAGGCCAAGUAUGGUAAAUCUGACGAUAUACAAAAUUCGAUAGAAGCUGAAACAUCUAUAGAUCAGAUGGCGGAACUUCAAGCAGCUUAUCCUGCUAAUUAUCCAAAUUUAGAAUCAGAAGCCUUAAAAGCUGAAACUACGGAAUCUGAUAAAAAAAGUGAAAAUAAAAUAUUUAUAAAAUUACAAUCUAUAGAUGCAAGUUUAAACGAUAUUAAUAUAGACAAUACUCGUAUUGUUGAUUCAUCUGUAAAUUUAUCUAUGCUUCAAGAAUAUGUGCCUACUAACAAAAUAAAAGGCUUAGAUGAUUGGGUUUUGGAAUCCGAUCAUUAUAAAUUUUAUACUAAGGCUGAUGAUUUUAAGGUAAAUGUUGAGAACGAGCAUGUUUUGCCAUUUCCAGAACAUUUACAUGUAUAUACUUUUGAAAGAGAUAAUUAUACUAGAUUUCCAAGUCCUAAAAAAGGAUCUACUGGUGUAUUAGAUUAUUAUUUAUUCGAUGGCGGAUCUAUACUUCCUGUAUUAGCUCUAGAUAUACAAUUAGGUGAUAUUGUACUUGAUAUGUGUGCUGCACCUGGAGGAAAAGCUUUAACUAUUCUUCAAACUCUCAUGCCACGUUUACUGAUUGCUAAUGAUAUUGUCAAAUCUAGAAUAAAAAGAAUUGAAAAUGUCAUGAAUCAAUUUGUUUCAAAUAUUUGUGAGAAAGAAAAUAUGUUUCUUAUAACGCAACAAGAUGCUAGAGCAAUCAAUGAAAAUGGUAGAUAUAAUAAGAUUUUAGUCGAUGUCCCAUGUACAACAGAUAGACACAAUUUACAUUCUGAUGAAAACAAUAUUUUUAAAUCAAGCAGGCUUAAGGAAAGAUUAAAAUUGCCAGAAAUUCAGUCUGAAAUUUUAGCAAAUGCAUUGAAAUUAGUAUCGAUAGGGGGUACAGUAGUUUAUUCAACAUGUUCUCUUAAUCCAAUACAAAAUGAUGGUGUUGUACAAGUAGCAUUAAAGAAAGCAUGGCAAGAAAGUAACUGUGUCAUGGUUGUAAAAGAUAUGACAGAAGCAUUGUUGCCCUUACGAUGCAUAUAUGACUUUGGCAAAAUUGGUUUAAAAUAUGGUCAUAUUGUUAUACCCACUUCUCAUAAUAAUUGGGGUCCAAUGUAUUUUUGUAAAAUAGUAAAAGUACAGUAAAGAUAAAUGAGUAUUUCUUUUCUAUAUUAAAUAAAUAAAUAUUUAAAUUUGUACUUUUAAUGUAAAUAUUGUUAUUAAAUAUGUUUAAAUAUGUAAAAUAUUAUCUUUAAUAAAUAAUAUUUAAUAUUGUA